AUGCCUUCGCAAGGCAACCCAUCUCGCGACGUUGAGCACCUGCUGUCGCUUCUAACGCUCGAGGAGAAAGUGUCUCUCCUUGCAGGAGCGGACGAAUGGCAGACCCAAGGGAUUGAAAGGUUGGGCGUCGGUGUUGUCAAGACCACAGAUGGCCCGGCUGGUGCUAGAGGUAAGCUGAUGGUCGAUGGGCCACGAGCGGCUUUUCUGCCUGCUCCGGUUUUACAAGCAGCAACAUGGAGCAAAGCGGAUCUCAAAUGGAUUGGACAGCUCCUGUGUAAGGAAGCAAAGACCAAAGGAGCUCAAGUUCUCCUCGCGCCGACGAUGUGUGGCAUCAGAAAUCCCCUCGGUGGUAGGAAUUUUGAAUCCUUCUCCGAAGAUCCUUUCCUCAGCGGGUCUCUGGCCAUUGAAUAUGUUGCAGGGCUGCAAGAGACUGGAGAAGUACAGGCCACGGCCAAACACUUUGUUGCCAACGAGCAGGAGUUUGAACGUUUCAGCAUCGAUGCGAUCAUCGAAGAGAAAGCACUGAGAGAGAUCUAUUUACGUCCGUUUGAGAUGCUGGUCAAAUCAUCCACGCCUCCGGGAUGUAUCAUGACAGCAUACAAUUGCGUCAACGGCGUGCACAUGGACAUGAACACUAGGAUCGUCCAGGGGAUACUUCGAGACGAGUGGAAAUUCGACGGUUUGGUCAUGAGCGACUGGGGUGGGACGAACUCGACGAUCGAAAGUGUCAUCGCUGGCUGUGACCUGGAAAUGCCCGGCCCUGGAGUGAGAAGAGGACAAAAGUUGUUGGACGCGCUUAAGUCCAACAAAUCUGCUGAUCUUCCGGCGGCUGUUGAUGAAUGUUGUAAAAGAGUGCUGACGUUGGCCAAACGCAUGAAUCUACUGGGCCUUUCAGAAGCUGAGGUGAAAGCUUCGCGCAGACGCCCAGAGAUCUCGGCGACUACUGCAGCCGACCUACAGAGCUUGCGAAAAAUCGUUUCCUACGGCCAUGUCCUGCUGAAGAAUUCGUCAGGAACUCUGCCUCUCAGUCCCAACACUCUGCAGCGCAAGAAGGUUGCCUUUGUUGGGCCUAACUCGAAAACGUGCACUGCUGGAGGUGGAGGCUCUGCCAGCAUGAAUCCGCAAUAUCAGAGCCAUCCACUUGACGCCUUCAAGGCGACUACAGCCAAACUGGGGUUGGACGUUGAAGUGCAUUAUGCCAUGGGCGCCUACUCGAACAAAUGGCUGCCACUGACGUCUUCUGAUCAAUGGUCAGCACAGUCAUCUCAACAAGGGCAAAGCAUGUUCAAGCUUGAGUUCUUUGCGAAUGCUGAUUUUGGUGGGCCUGUGGUCGACACGCAAUAUCGAAACAACUCAAGCAUCGACUUGACUGAUUCCGGACCAGCAUCACUUCGGGAAGUUGCAAAACCAUACUCAGUGAGGGCGACCUCUUAUCUGAGACCCACCGCCUCGGGCAAGCACAACCUCAGUAUCACCAGUGUCGGUGACUCUCGACUCUUUGUGGACGGGAAGCUCCUAAUUGACAACUACAACUGGACCGAACGUGGAGAGGCGUUCUACGCAUUUUCGAGCGUCGAGGUCAGCGCAGCUAUGGAGAUGACUGCGGGUCAGACCUACAACAUCGUCAUCGAGACUGCUUCCAGGAUGUCUGGAGAGGUUGACAGGGACAAUCCUGUGCACGUCUGGAGCAUGCAGCCAUCGGUCAGGGUUGGAUACCUUGAAGAAUUGCCACGGGACAUGGUCUCCGAGGCCCUGACGCUUGCGAAUCGGUGCGACUAUACCAUCGUGGCGAUUGGCCUCACGGACGAGUGGGAAAGUGAAGGCUACGACCGACAGACCAUGUCCCUUCCGGGAAAUCAAGACCAGCUGGUGCAAACAUUGCUCGAACAAGCCAACCGACCCGAAAGCAUUAUUGUGGUCAAUCAAUCCGGCUCGCCGGUUGAGAUGCCCUGGGCCGAGCAGGCUCCCACGAUCCUGCAAGCAUGGUACGGCGGGCAAGAAGCUGGGAAUGCCCUGGCCGAUGUGCUGCUUGGGUUGACAAGUCCGUCCGGACACCUUCCGAUCAGCUGGCCACGCCGAUACGCUGAUCUCCACUUCAGUAACCAUGCCGAAGUGUGGCCGGGGGUGGGCGGCCGUGUUGUCUACAGUGAGGGCACCAACGUGGGCUAUCGUUGGUAUCUGAACGAGGGCGUAGACCCACAGUGGUGGUUUGGCCAUGGACUGGGGUACACGUCGUUCACCACCUCAGUGGUGGAAGUCAUCAACCACCCUCAGGACCAAGGCUGGGACAUCGUUGUCGAUGUUCAUAACACAGGAUCAUUCGACGGCCAACAGGUUGUGCAAGUCUAUUCAUGGCCAGAGCAGGAUCCGAAAGCAAAGGAACUCCGAGCGUUCGAGAAGACGGGAAGCCUCAGGCCUGGAACCAAACAGAGGGUCACGAUUUGUGUCAAGAUGAGGGACAUGGCUCACUGGAUAGAGGGGCAAUGGGUUCUGGAGGCUGGCAAGUAUCUUCUGGGUCUGGGGGAGCACGCUGGCGCGGUGGACGUGGUGGCUGCAGUGGACUACGUGCCGCAAACGACGGUCUGGGGGGUUUGA